AUGCAUAGGUAAAGGAUGGCCUGACUGCAUCCUUUUUUAAAUGUAAUAUCUUGCAAUAGCGUUCCAAUGUCACACACCAUUGAGCUUUGAUGGUGGAGGGGUGGGUCAUCCAACUCCUAGCAAGGAUCCUGCAUCCACUUCCAUUACGUUCCUCAUCUUACACCGACCUGGAUCAGUUUUCCUGAGAUGGGUAACAACCAGCUGCUUCAUUCCUGACACUCUCUCAGACCGUCACAAUGGCGAAGUUCCUGACACAGGAUCAGAUCAAUGAAUUUAAGGAAUGCUUCUCUCUGUACGACCGCAAGAGAAACGGCAAAAUUGAAGCCCAGGACCUGAUAACAGUGAUGCGAUGCCUUGGGUCAAACCCCACCCCAUCGGAGGUACAGCGGCACCUACUGAGCCACAGCAUAGGUGGAGACCUGGACUUCUCCACCUUCCUGAGCAUCAUGCACUGGCAACUCCAGCAAGAGGCACCAGAGGUGGAGAUCCUGGAGGCCAUGAGGAUGGCUGACAAGGAGCAGAAAGGCUUUAUCCUGGCCUCUGAGCUGAGAGCCAAACUGACAGGGCUGGGGGAGAAACUGACCGACAAGGAGGUGGAUGAUUUGCUGAAGGUGGCGGGUGUUGGAGCUGAUGGGAGGGUGUACUGUGAGCAGUUUGCUAAAGCGGUGACACGUUCCACUGCGCAACACUAACAGUUCCUGACUUGUCUGAUCAGUAACACCCUUCUUUGGAACACGACUGUAAAGUUAGAGCUUUGUAAAAAUGUCUAUGUGCUCAACAGGCUUGUUUGCAUUUCUGUGCGUGCUGAAAUUGUGUGCACUUGGCUUAAAUGGCCUGAGCAGCAAAAGCAGCGGCACUUUUCAGCACAGAGCACGGCAAUUCCCUAUAUAUUGAGCAAUUGUUAAAUCUGGAGUCGUUCCUUUGCUGACUCAUCUGGUCUCCGAUCAUGACACAAUGCAACUGUACUUGACUGAACUGUGAUAAAAUA